AUGUUCACCCCCGUUCAUACCUCUCUCGGUGCCUUGUUACUCUUCCAGGGCUCGUCGGGUUUACUCGUCCAUAAUGGGGCGGUCUUUGGCAUUUCCUCGCUCCUUUCUGGUUCUGUCUUUAAUCCAAACCAGGAUAAUGUUCCCAUUAUCGCGGGUUUAGUCUCCAGCAUCUUGCCAGUGUACUUUCUGGCACCGUCCUUGAUCCCGAACUACCCUGCUGCACCAUAUACUUUAGCCUCCGCCGCGGCAACGCUGGGUGUGGGUAUCCUGCUAGGAUGGGGAACGAAGAAUGGCCGCGGCUGCACUUCGGGCCAUAUGCUUUGCGGUCUUUCCCGCCUCUCGCCACGCUCGUUGAUUUCCACAGCUCUUUUCUUUACUACUGCCCUGAUCACUGCCAACGUCGUCUCGGGUGGUGAUAACAUCCCAUCUUGUGGUGAUCUCCCCUGCUACACGCCAGUCUACCCAUCGUCACCGGAAAUGGUGUUCAUGGCUGGUUCACUGCUUCUAUCAACCAUCAUCAACUUUAUCGUCGUUCCCAAGGCGCUGCAACGAUCAGAAGAACACAAGACUCUCUUUUCAUAUCUGGCCGGGCUGGAGUUCGGCCUCGGUCUGUUGAUCUCUGGGAUGGCCGAUUCCGCCAAGGUUCUGCGCUUUUUCGCUAUCUUAAGUGAUCCUUCUCGCUGGGAUCCAUCAUUGGCGCUGAUCAUUUUAUUCGGAAUCGGACCGUCGCUCGUCACGUUCUUGACUCAUAAACCUGGGCACACCCCGGAGAAAGGACACGAACCGACAAAGCCUACGUUGGCCGAGAAGUGGCGACUGCCUACGGCCACCGUGGCUGAUAUCGACUGGCGUUUUGUGGCUGGGUCGGUCGCUUUUGGUGUUGCUUGGGGUCUGCAAGGAGUGUGUCCCGGUCCGUCAAUUCUUCGUUCAGUCCUUCAGCCGACCUGGGGACUGGCAACGAUGACUGGAUACAUGUUGGGCAAUUUGUUCUAG